AUGGCAGACGAACUCAAGAAGGGGGACGAGGUGUCUUGGAACUGGGGAAGCGGGCAACCAUCUGGCAAGGUGGCAGAGGUGGUACCCGGCGAGGCGACUGUGACUUCGAAGAAGGGGAAUGAGAUCAAGAAGAAGGGCACGGAGGAGGAUCCGGCGGUCGUCAUUGAGCGAAGCGGGAACAAUGUCGUCAAGCGGGCACAUGAGCUGAACGAGGUAGAGAGCGACGAGUAG